AUGAGCAGCAAUUCGGAAGAUAUGUAUGACUUUGAAGACGAUCUUGACUCCGAAGCAGGCUAUAGUGAAAAUUCAAAACAAGCCUUGUUCAAUGAUGAACCACAAGAACCAGCCUUUUAUUAUGAUGAAUCACAAGAAGGAAUUGAUGUCGAUCUUUAUGACAAAGAAGAUCAUUACGAAAAGCAAAAUGAUGCCAUUUUCGAUGAUCAAGAAGAAUUCAAUGUCGACCCCUAUGACAAAGAAGAUUAUGACAUGAUUGUUCCCCAUGAUCAUUCCGAGGAAACUACAACUUCACCUCCAUCAAAAAAUCAAUCGAAGAAAAAGGGCAUCAAGGGCAAAAAGACUUUUGCCUUGCCACAUGACCACGCCGCGUUCGAAACUUUCAUAGACGAGGGCACCACCAUUGACGACGAAGGAUACCCGAUACUUCCAAACGGAAAUACGGUCUAUGUCAGGCAGCCAGACCAACCCAAGAUCACUAACUGGGGUACGUUUGCAUUCACGUAUACGACUGCCGGAGGGGGCACGAAGGGGAAUACCGCCACCUGGCGAACAGUCAGAUUCACAUGCUUAGGUGUAAUAGAAUGUACCAAUCCCGAUUGCGACUUUCUCGGCUCGCCUCCCACAGCAAAAGACAAGAGAGACGAAUAUCAUGAAAAAAGUGUCAAGCUGUUAGGUGUGAUGGUAAUCUUAAACACAUCAAAUGUGCGAACACUUUAUGUCGCAUGGACGAGCAUCGUAACGGCUGGGGGAUCAUUCGACACGCUGGCAUCCACCAUCAUCAAUGGCCUUGAAGAGGGAAGCCAGAUAAACUGUCUCAGGCAAAGUUUGGCAAAAGAUGUCGGACGUGCUCCUGCAGGCCAAAAGGAGAUUGUCAUGGUGUCAAACAUUCAUCAUGGCUUUUCAAACCUUCAUCGCCUUGGUUAUUAUCGGCGAAAGCUUCUUGAGAAAGCUGGGGUUAUACCUGCCAAGUCGGCUCCAGGAACCGGUGACAGCUUUAUCAUGGACAUGAUUCACUGGGCCGAGCAAGAGCAGCUAUUGACUCGCGAUGAAAACAAGGAAAUAUAUUCUGGUGGCCUACUUUCCGAUGCCACAUAUAAUUUUUUUGCAAGUGGAUAUCUUCUCUCCACCUCAAUGUAUCACGACGACCUGCGACGAUGGAUUCCAAUCCAACUUACUUGGUUGAAUGGCCUCACCAAAAACCACUACGCUGCCCACUUCACAACUCUAAUGAAACAAAUUCGAGACGCUGACACUGAAGAACGUGAUACACUCGUGCGUCAGGUUGUCGAUUUCUCUGCGGCGCAGAAAAAUGGAUUUAUCAUGGCGUAUAUGAAGGUUUUUCGAGAGAAUGACCGUUCGGUUGCACUGGAUAAGAUCAAAGGGUGCCAUGAACAUUUUCGAGCGCAGGUGACCCGUGUGAAGAGGAACUGUGCCAUUAUACCUGCAGGGGACGAGGAGACAUUUGAACAUGACGCAUCAGACCUUCUGAAGGAGUCAAAACCUGGCGGCUUGACAUUUGAUCAAAAAAUCACUAGAUUACGAAAGGCUUUCCCUAAAGCAAAAAAGUGGCUCGAAUGGUGGCAGGCUUCGGACAUAAAGGCCAUGCUUUUCAAAGGAAGUGGGGACUUGCCGGCAACAACGAAUGCACAGGAGGCCAUGCAUCGUGUAUAUUACAUGAUAUCUGAAGGGAAAUGCUCCGUUCAAAUUGGUCUGGUUCAGUUGUACGCUUUUGUCAAGUGUCUCGAAAGAGACCACGAAGACCGGCGUAAGGGAAUUCCUAUCGAGCAUGGUAGCCAGGCUAAGAACUACAAGAAGGUAGCUCAGGCCCUUGGAUGGGCGAAGAAGUCACGGAACCCUUGA